AUGGAGGCAGCAAAUAAACCAAUUUCUUCAAUUUGCAUUAAACCAGGAAAUGAAGAUUGUGUGUAUAUCUCUGCUGGAAAUGAAAUAUUGUCCUUUGAUGUUCGUAUGGGAACUCAAUCAAAGCCAUUAGAGACGUAUAACUACAAUAGAGAUGAAAUCAAUCUGAUUGCUGUCAGCUCUAAAGGUUUUCUCGCUGCUGCAGAUGAUAGUGGGGAUGUUAAGUUGUUCCUUGAUAAAUUUUCAUACAGAUUUGCAGCAGCGUGCAAUUCAUUCCUUGGAGACCUUGGACAGAAUGGCAGUUCUUCCGGUAGUGCAGGGCAAUGUUUCAACCCUGCUUUUGUUCAUUCAGUAGCAGUUUCUGAAGAGGGUAUUUUGGGAGGGCUCUACAAGGUUUGUGCUGUUGCAAGGGGGGAUGGUGCUGUUGAUGUGGUUGAUCUUGAGUAUGAACUGGCUCCUGCGAAAUCGAAGGGACCUCCUCGGGCAGCUAUUUCAAAAAUGAGUUCAAAAGGAGCUGAACUUGGAGAUGGGAGCUGUAAUCAAAGUCAAGCAAAAAGAAUCCAUCUUGACUACACGAUGGGUGGCCAUUAG